UGCCUCUCUCACUCACUCUCCAUUUACUGCUCCUCCCUGAAUUCUCCACAGGUCGGCAAAAGGAAGAACCAAAACCACAGCACGCUUUCGAGUCCACCCCAUUAAGGAGCUACACAGAAAACACCCUCUUCCUGUGCGGUUCUUCUUGCAGUAGCUGGAACUAUGAUCAUCGCGUGACGCGGACAUUAAAGAACGGCCAAGACGAUAGGAGGGAAGAAAAAGGCGUUUUUCAGAUCCAGAAUUUCCACAUUGUGCGUAUGCCGGCUGCUGUGGAUUUGCACGCUGUUCCAAUCAUAAAAUAGGUGUCAACAAGCGAGAGUGUGAGGGUGUGCUUGUGUUAGUGUGUGUGUGCGCGAGUGUGUACGCCAGAGUGCGUGCAUUCAGUCACGUGCAUAUUCCUCGCUCAGUCAGCAUUUGGUGUGGGCUGUGACCUGAACACAUCUGAGGCACGAUGAGUGAGCUGGAACAGUUGCGGCAGGAGGCAGAUCAGCUACGCAAUCAGAUCCGGGAUGCCAGAAAAGCGUGCAGUGACUCUACUUUGUCACAGAUCACAGCUGGUCUGGACUCAGUGGGCCGGAUACAGAUGCGGACGCGGCGCACUCUCAGGGGGCACCUGGCCAAGAUCUAUGCAAUGCACUGGGGGAGUGACUCCAGGCUUCUCGUGAGUGCCUCGCAAGAUGGAAAGCUAAUCAUCUGGGACAGUUACACCACAAAUAAGAUGCAUGCCAUCCCACUGCGCUCUUCCUGGGUGAUGACGUGCGCCUAUGCUCCCUCUGGGAACUAUGUGGCCUGUGGUGGCCUGGACAACAUCUGCUCCAUAUACAGCCUGAAGACCCGCGAGGGAAGUGUGCGUGUCACCCGGGAGCUACCGGGUCAUACAGGGUAUUUGUCCUGUUGUCGUUUCUUGGAUGACAACCAGAUACUGACCAGCUCUGGAGAUACCACCUGCGCAUUGUGGGACAUAGAGACGGGCCAGCAGGCCACAACCUUCACCGGCCACACGGGUGAUGUGAUGAGCUUGUCGCUCAGCCCGGACUACAAGACCUUUGUGUCUGGAGCCUGUGACGCCACCUCCAAGCUGUGGGACAUUCGUGACGCCAUGUGUAGGCAGUCUUUCACUGGCCAUGUGUCUGACAUCAACGCUGUCACUUUUUUCCCCAAUGGCAAUGCCUUUGGCACAGGCUCAGACGACGCCACCUGCAGGUUGUUUGACCUGCGUGCUGACCAGGAGCUGAUGAUGUACAGCCAUGACAACAUCAUCUGCGGCAUCACAUCCGUGGCGUUCUCCAAGAGCGGCCGCCUGCUGCUGGCCGGCUACGACGACUUCAACUGCAACGUCUGGGACACUCUGAAAGGCGAACGGGCGGGCGUGCUCGCGGGCCACGACAACAGGGUGAGCUGCUUGGGCGUGACUGAGGACGGCAUGGCUGUGGGCACCGGCUCCUGGGACAGUUUCCUCCGGAUCUGGAACUAAACGAAGCCAACCUCCUCUGGGCUGUUCUUCAUCAGCGCCUGACCACCCCAUCACACACACACACACACACACACACGCACACACACGCAACGUAACAUGACUCAUUCAGGAGGGCUGGAGCUGAAGGGAGUAUACAUGGUGUCAGCCCUCUAAAUUCUUUAUACUUUUUGUUCCCCCUACACAGCAACCUAAAAAUUUCCAAGCAGUCCAAUCAAAAAUAGUCAAGGGAUGAAUGACUAAAACAUCUAAUUCUAUAAGUAUGUGUGUAAAUUUAUAUAUAAAAAGACAGUAUAUAUGUAUAGCAUUGUGUGUGCGCGCACGUGUGUGUGUACAUAUAUGCAUCAUAUAUGCAUAUAUAGUUUUUCUACUUUUAAUUUCCCAAUUUUUUUCCUUAAUCAUUUUAGGCUUCCGUGUUUGCUUUUUACUUAUUCCCAUUACGACACAGCCGUGUGGCAGAAAGACGCACUCCCUAGAAAACACGAUAAUCAGUUGCAGCGGGCAUCACACGUGUCCCUCUGCAAAUGUUUCGAGGAAGAGGACCUCUGCUCGUCACGCAUGUUUAGAAGGAGUUUGCAGUUUUGUCGAUGGAGAGCUCAGGUGGAUCCUAAAUUAGGUGUCCAGAUUCAGGAACAGGCUUUCCCAAACAUUGUCAACAUUUAAAAUAAUUUAUUGCCAUGACACAGUAUAGUUGGGGUGGGAAUUGCCAAUAAACCAGCCAUAACAGAUUUAGCAUCUUUUGGUGCACUUGAAUAAUUG